AGAGCUCCCGUAAAAAUGGCAGAUUUCCUUCUGCAACAUGAAUUUGAAUAUGUUGACGGCUUAGAAGAUAACGCUUCCUUGACAGGCAACUCCGAGAGCUUUGGAGACUUUAAAUGGACACUUGGCAUCACCCGUUCCGAGGACUCUUUGUGGCUUUCCUUGGAGUGCUCCAGCAAGAAAAACGUGGAGCAAGUGAAAACAAAUCUAAAACUCAUUUUAAUAUCUCUCAACGGAAAUCGCUGGGCAAAACAAUUCGAUGGCUCCUGCUUCAAGUUUGACAAGUCAGAAGUUGACAGAAAAAUCGAGCGAAUUGUUGGAUGGGAGUCCAUCGAGAAUGAUUUCCUGGUGGAUGGGAAGAUCAAGGUGCAGGCUCAUCUGGGGGGUCUGGAAGUUGAAGAGUCCGGAGUUGGCGAGUUUGAGAUGGAGAAUGUUUUUAAGAAUAUAGAGUUCAUGAGGCCAGGGGACGAAAUGUACAGCGAGAAGGGGUCACAUUUGAACUACUGGUGGAGGAUCCAUUUAAUGCGCAGGGAUGAUUAUAUUGGCGUCGGCAUAACCUGGAGACAAAAGUUCGGUCAAGAUUUCCGCAAACUUCGAGCAGAAAUUGAUCUGGUUAUAUCAUCGGAAAAUGGAAAUCGAUUCGCCAAAAAGUUGAAAGAUGCCGUGUUCGAGUCAAAAAUCUACGGACAGUACUGCAUUCAGGGGAAAGAGAUCUUUGACUGGGAGUCUGUUGGUGAUUUUCUUGUCGAUGGAGCAUUGAAGGUUGAAGCUCGUGUUAAUGUUAUCGAUUCCGUCCUCAUUCCAAAGCAGCAGACGUUGAAGGGCGAUAAGUUAGAAGAAAUUGAAGAUUUCGAAUCAAAACUGAAAGUGCUCGAUAACCUGAUAAAUGAGAACUCAGGAGCAGGAACACUAGAUGCUUCUGGAAUCAAUGAUGAUAAACCAGAAGAACUUGAGGAUUUCGAGUCAAAAUUAAGAAUCCCCGACAACUUGAUAAAUGAGAAUUCGAAAGCAGGAUCAAUAAUUGAUAUUGGAGUUAGAAGCAAAUUUGGUAGAUCUACCACAGUUCAAAAACGAAUUAAAGACUUGGAUACAAGGAAUAAAGAUCUGAGUUCUGACAUUGGAACGCUUGGUGAUGUUGUGAAGCAGCUGACACUGAUGAAUGAGAAGAUGGAGAAGGAGGCUGAUCAACGCGCGGAGGUUAACAUGGAACGUGAAUUGAAAUCGGCUCUAAAAUCGAAACAACAGCUGAAAAAUGACACUUUGAAAAGCCCUGCGAUCACUGACGAAAAUGUGAACACCAAGUUGAGAUCUGCCACCGAACAAGAAGACCUGAUAACUAUUUACCAGUGCGAGGAGUUUUUGACGUCGAAAUCCAAAAAAUCUACAAGUGAGAUGCUCCGAAUCGCAAUGGAGUUCAAUUUGGAUAAUUUGAAGAAUCACUGCUUAUCAAAUAUGACGACAUCUGAACAAAUCGCAGAGAUUGUCAGCGACUUGAAGCUCGGCGGAUUGGACAGGCCGUUGCUGGAGGCCUUGAUAACUAGAGCCUUGGAGUUGAAGUCAUAAUUUAUUGAUUUAUUUGAGAAAAUUCUCUUGUGAUUUAUCAUUACUUAUAUAUAAAAAAAUACAUGGGG